GGAGCACAGCACUAAACACUAGGGGGCCAGAGAAACUCUUUUGCAGGGAGCAGCGACUGGGCUCUCGGCUCAGUGGGGUUGGCACAAGGGCAGCAGCUGCAUCCAGAGACACAGCGGCAGGAGAGGAAUAAACUGCGGGGAACAUUUGUCGCUCAACCUCCACCCAUCUGAGUCUCUGGAGCGAGAGCUGAUGGGGGUCGUGCCCAGGCCCGUCUCUCUAGGGACCGAACACAUGGGCACCAAGCGUAACAAACUUUGCGUCUGCCUGGUAGGUGCCUCCGUCGUCAUAUUAGCUGCCAUAUUAAUCACUCUCACUUGCUGUGUGGUCAAGUGCCAGGGGCAGCUGAAGACCUCAGAUCUGGAUGAGAAACUCGCCAACCUGGAGGAGGACAAGGGGGCCCUGGAAAAGCAGCGGGACGGGGCGAGGGCAGAGGUCACGGCGCUGCGGUCGGAGCUGGCUGGCACCAAUCAGACCCUCUGGGAGUUGCGCGGGCGCUGGGACUCCUGCAGGAGCCUGACGCAUAACCUGCACAACAACAUCACUGCCCUGAGCAACAAAAUCACACAGCUGGAAGCCAGAGAUGCUGAGCAGGAGGCCAAGGAACAAGGGUUACAAGACGAAAACGGCAGGCUCAGAAAGCAGCUCUCCAGCCAGUCCCAGCAGCUGCAGGAUUCCCAGCGGCAGCUGCAGGAUUCCCAGCAAGAAUUCCAGCAGCAAAGAGAUCAACUUGAAGCUAACAUCCGUCGGCUGAACUUGGAGCUCCAAAGCCAGAGGAAUCAGCACUCCAGCGGGGACAGCCUCAGGGGUCACAGUGUCACUCUCUACCUGGCUCCGCUGGUUCUGUCCCUCAUUGGGACCCUUCUCCUUUAAGAGGAGCAGCUUUGUACAGGCGGGAAACUGAAGCACAAGGCCAUUCGUGAGUCUCCCCAGGAGCACAUGGAAGAGUCAAGCCUUGAACUCAGCUCUCCUGAGCACCAGCACAUAACUCUAAGGCCAUGCUUCCUCUCCAGUCCUCCCUUUCUUCCUCCCUCUGCUCUUCUCUAGCUCAGCGCGGUGGGUCAGGGGAUGGGGACACAGGACUGUCUCUCUCGCUCUCUUUAUUUCCAUCAUCCGUCCCCACUGCCCCAGUGCAGUGGAAGAGUGGAGAAUCCCCACGGGCACACGGUGCACUGCAUAGCGCAGCCAGCUCGCUCCCCUCCAAGACACCCUCAGGAGAACUGGUCUAAGCCACUAGCUUGCUACGACCUCGGCCCUUCCCCAGGUUGUGCAGGGAGACGGGCCCCUGUCCAGUCGGUCCCUGGCAGAAGGAUCUCGUUGGCUCCUGCCCGAAGGAUCUCGUUGGCUCCUGCCCAGCACUGGAGGACGAUGGGGAAACAGUGAAGAAGAUGAAGGGCACAGGGAGGAUGGAGCCACUUCACCCAGAGCCAGAGCCCCUGCGAUUUCUUGGACUCAGAUUAUCCCAGACGACGAUUGCCCUGAGCGGGGUCAAGCCCCAGCUGGGGUAUUUGCUGCUCCCUUAGGGUUUCUGUUUUUCUAAUACAAUGUUGCCAACCCCAAA